AUGGAUGACAGGGAAUCACUUAAAAUUAAGGAGUCAACUCGAGAUACUUGGACACACAUGAGUGCAAGUGCAGCUAAAAGUUUUACAAAGGAUCCAGAACUUUUCAUCACUCUCUUCAAAUAUAAGCGUAAUGCUGUUCGUUCUAUCGCUUCAGGGCAGUUCCGGUCUCCGGAGAUCACGGAACAUCCUGCCGACUUGCUGGUGCCCAGGAACGAGCCAGCCACCCUCAACUGUCACGCCGUGGGCAGGCCAGAACCGGAGAUCACCUGGUACAAAGACGGACAGCCUUUUGUCUUGCACAAGGGUCGCCAUGUGCAGCUGGACACAGGUGGUCUCUUCUUCCUGAAGGUGCUUCACUCUAAGAAAGACAACGAUGCUGGAGUCUACUGGUGCGUCGCCUCCAACUCCAUCGGCAAGGUCACCAGCAGGAACGCCACGCUCGAGAUCGCUGUAUUGCGGGAUGACUUCAGAGUGGUGCCGGAAGCAACGAGGGUGGCCGAGGGCGAAACAGCUAUGUUGGAGUGCCUUCCACCCAGAGGAAACCCAGAGCCAGUGGUGUCUUGGGAGAAGGAUGGGGUGCCACUUGACCCUGCCACCCAGCACAGGUACCGUGUGGUGGAUGGAGGGAGCCUUGUGAUCAGCGGGGUACGGGUCUCUGACACGGGAGAGUACGUGUGUAAAGCCAGGAACGUCUUCGGCCAGAGGGAGACUAAUCCAGCCAAACUCACAGUCCAGGUGUCGCCGCACUUGGUGUCAUCGUCUGGGACGGUGACGGGAGCCGCUGGGGCUACGGUUGAGCUCGUGUGUCGUGUAGGGGGUGACCCUCCCCCGGAAGUGUUCUGGCGUCGCGUGGAGCCCCCGGGGGAGCUCCCACUGGGGAGGAUGGCACUGGAGGAGAGUAGCCAGGUGCUGAGGAUUCAUCACGUAGCUCCUGAGGACCAGGGCGUGUACUCCUGCCAAGCAGAGAACCCAGUGGGCUCUGUGGCUGCCAAUAUCACCCUCAAUGUUCACUCUCGUCCGCUCAUCACUGUGACGCCAGUUGACGCCCGAGUCGGCAUCAACGGCACGGCGUCAUUUGAGUGCGCGACGUCUGGGUCGCCGCCGCCCACGACGUACUGGACCCAUGAAGGUUCCGGCAACGUGGUGGGUACUGGGCAGACAUGGGGUGGCGGGCGCUGGACUGUGGAUGCUCACAACACCCUCACUAUCCGGGGUGUGAGGAGGGACGACCAGGGUUACUACGUGUGUUCUGCAGUAGGCGUCGCUGGGUCGGCACUCGCCCGUGCACACCUCGAGGUCCAAGACUUGGCUGACAUGCCUCCCCCGAUUAUCGCCUUGGGGGCCUCCAAUCAAACCCUGCCGUUGGGUACGGAAGGUGAGAUGCCUUGUGAGGCUCGGGGCACGCCCGAGCCUACAGUGGUGUGGGAGAAGGCAGGAAAGCCGAUUAAGCCGGAUGAGCGCAUUUCCAUCACUCCCCUUGGAACACUUAGAAUCAAGGAUCUAAAAGUGUCAGACACGGAUGUUUACACAUGCACGGCCAAGUCUGAGGCCGGAGAGACAACGUGGACAGCCUCCCUUAUAGUGGCCAAGCCCACCAAUCCCAACGUGGCCUUUUUCAAGAUUCCGGACGAGGGCACGCUGCCGGAAGCCCCUGGGCAGGUGACGGUGCUAGGAGUGAACACGACCGUAGUGUCGUUGGGCUGGCGACGAGGACGGCCGGGGCUGUCGUCCCUACUGGGCUACACCGUCCAGAUGUGGAGUCCUGACCUGCGAGGAGCCUGGAUCACUGCCUUAACACAGCUGACCGCCACUUCCAGCCACACGCCCACGCCCGUUUCUCUUACCGUAACUGACCUCCGCCCGGAGACGCGUUACAUGUUCGUAGUGCGUGCUCGUAAUUCACACGGCGUGUCACGCCCCUCGCCCGUCACCCACACCGUCAAGACGCUGGCCCAGGGGGCUGGGGGCGCGCCGCCCUUACAUGAAAUUAGAGCACGUCUUUUCCAACCUGCCGUGCGUCUGGUGAGCGUGGAGCCAGCCUCUGCUGCGUCACUUCAGUUGUCUUGGCAACUGCUAGUAGACGCGGCACUGCUUGAAGGCGUGUACGUGCGGUACCGACCCCUGGAAACUCAACAUGGUAAUCCAGCGGGUGGCUUGAGUGUAGAGACAGUGCCACUCCAUGGCAACGGUGCCCCGCCGACUACCCAUAUAGUAAGCAACCUGAGGCCCGCCACUUGGUACGAACUGUUCGUGGUGCCUUUCUACCGUUCAGUGGAGGGCCAGCCUACCGCCGCCGUCCGUGCCACCACUCUGGAGGCAGCGCCGGCGGUGCCUCCGCUAGGUCUUCACUACACCUACGUCAACGCCUCCGCCGUCAAGAUCACCUGGGACCCCAUCCCAGCUCAUUCAUCCAAUGGCCGCAUCACUGGUUAUAAUCUCCAGGUAUCUGACGCAGUAAACCAGAGUCACGUGUUGCUGAACACAACAGUGAACAGCACGUGGACGCUGGUGCCAGGGCUGGUGUCGGGCUCCACUUACCGCGUCACGUUACGUGGGGUAACAGCCCGGGGCCCUGGACCCAUCUCUGCGCCCCUCAACCUUACUAUACCCCCAGGCGACACCUCUUACCCGCCAGACAUCAAGGAGUCUUCGCCCUUCGACAACAAUACCUACCUCAUCGUGGGCAUCUCUGUGGCUGCCGCUGUAAUCUUUGCUGCCCUCGCCGCCACUGUCUACUGUAUUUACAGACGCCGCCAGAACAACAAGUGUCCUCAGUAUUACAGUAAAGGCGAAGGUAGUGGGCCGUGGUCUGAGUACCCUGGGUGUUGGGGGGAGACGGGCGUGGGCAUGGGCGUGACGGGCACCAUGUACACAGACGUGGGCAGCCACGGUGUGCCCAUUACUCAGCUAUACCACAGGCCAGCAGCUCCGGCCUCCAGUAAGAGUGGCUACGAAGGUCGCCAACCAGAGGAUGUGUACGAGGAUCCAGACGGUCUCAGGCUCGUGUCCUUCGGCAGUCACGCUGACCCAAGGUGUAUGUCUCCUGAACCGUACGCCACCACACCCCUCAUCAGGGACAUUUUCCGUGGCCCUGGAGGUAACAGACUACCUCCUAACAUCCCAGUGAGUCCUGGCCAGACCCCACUGCCCAACAAACCCGCAUCUGACGAGUCAGGCACCAAGACAGGCUCUAGUGAUCACAGCGGCAGCCACGCCAGCCAUCGCUCACACAACUUCAACUCCAUGCCAGAGAAAGGUUCUCUCUCUGGACCGGUGCUGCAGUUUCCCCCUCCCCCUCCUCCACCACUUAUUGGUGGGGACCAGUCCAGUGACAACACCCUAGCCUCCACCGGCAGCCGUGGCCAGUCGCCCUCCGCUAGGCUUCUGCUCCAGCAGCUUCCGUAUGGCGGAUCAUCAUCUGGGGGUUCCCACAGGUCACAUGGGAGCCCAUUAUUGGGUCCGCGCCCCCCACGCGCUAACAUGCGUGCCCCACCGUCUCCCCUGGCUGGCCACACUGUACAAGGCUCCGGUGACUACGAGGUGCGAAUGAUGAACUUGCGUGGGACGCAUCCAAGGGUGGAAGGCGAUGAACAGUGCUACAGAACCGAAAUGGGUAUGGAAGAUGGCCCCAUGGGCCUCAAUAUUCCCGAAGAGGCCAGUGACGUCGAGUGGUACUCUCAGCCACUUCUCAACGGCCGCACCUCGCCAGAGUCCUCCACGUUAGGUGACGCAGAGUCUGAGGACGAAUCACGCUGUUCCUCGGGUGGGUCUUGUUGCUCUGCUGAUCACCCUCUCUCCCACGCUCAGGAUCUCAACUGGGCAGAGGCUCUGAGGGCAGCAGGAGAAGCCAGAUGGGGGCGCGGGGGGUCCUUCUGUAGUACUGACGACAGCACGUAUGCUCCUGCUCAGUCCCUUCACACACGCCCUCCCAGGCCACCAUGCCCUAAGAAGCACAAACCACGCCUACAGUACAAUCACCACGCCAACCUGACCCCCAAACCUCAGUGACCUCUCCCCUCGUGU